CUAAAUGGUGGAGUCUAUGUAGACCAGAACAAAUUCCUGUGUUAUGCUGACACCAUACACUGGCAAGAUAUUGUUCGGAAUCCAUGGCCUUCCAACAUGACUUUGGUGUCAACAAACGGAAGCUCCGGUUGUGGAAGAUGCCAUAAGUCCUGCACUGGACGAUGCUGGGGACCCACAGAAACACACUGCCAGACCUUGACCAGGACUGUGUGUGCUGAACAGUGUGAUGGCAGGUGCUAUGGACCCUACGUUAGUGACUGCUGCCAUCGGGAAUGUGCUGGCGGCUGCUCAGGACCGAAGGACACGGACUGCUUUGCCUGCAUGAACUUCAACGACAGCGGAGCCUGCGUCACUCAGUGCCCCCAGACGUUCGUCUACAAUCCCACCACCUUUCAACUGGAGCACAAUUUCAAUGCAAAGUAUACAUAUGGAGCUUUCUGUGUCAAAAAAUGCCCACAUAACUUCGUGGUAGAUUCCAGUUCUUGUGUGCGUGCAUGUCCUAGUUCCAAGAUGGAAGUAGAAGAAAAUGGAAUUAAAAUGUGUAAACCUUGCACUGAUAUUUGCCCCAAAGCGUGUGACGGCAUCGGCACAGGAUCAUUGAUGUCAGCUCAGACUGUGGAUUCCAGCAACAUUGACAAAUUCAUCAACUGCACGAAGAUCAAUGGGAACCUCAUCUUCCUUGUCACGGGGAUUCACGGGGACCCUUACAAUGCAAUUGAAGCCAUAGACCCAGAGAAACUGAAUGUCUUUCGGACAGUCAGGGAAAUAACAGGUUUUCUGAACAUACAAUCGUGGCCUCCAAAUAUGACAGAUUUCAGUGUCUUCUCCAACCUUGUCACCAUUGGAGGAAGAGUCCUCUACAGUGGGCUCUCAUUGCUUAUUCUCAAACAACAAGGCAUCACUUCCCUACAGUUCCAGUCUCUGAAGGAAAUCAGCGCGGGCAACAUCUACAUUACUGACAACAGCAAUCUGUGUUAUUAUCACACUAUUAACUGGACAACACUCUUCAGCACUAUUAACCAGAGAAUAGUGAUCCGAGACAACAGACGAGCAGAAAACUGUACUGCUGAAGGCAUGGUGUGCAAUCACCUGUGUUCAAAUGAUGGCUGUUGGGGACCUGGGCCAGACCAGUGCCUAUCAUGUCGGCGCUUCAGCAGGGGAAAAAUCUGCAUAGAGUCUUGUAACCUCUAUGAUGGGGAAUUCCGAGAGUUUGAAAAUGGUUCCAUUUGUGUUGAGUGUGACUCCCAGUGUGAGAAGAUGGAAGAUGGACUACUCACGUGUCAUGGUCCGGGACCAGACAACUGCACAAAGUGUUCUCAUUUUAAGGAUGGUCCAAACUGUGUGGAGAAAUGCCCCGACGGCCUACAGGGAGCUAACAGUUUCAUUUUCAAGUAUGCGGAUCAGGAUCGGGAAUGCCACCCAUGCCAUCCAAACUGCACCCAAGGGUGCACAGGCUCGAGUAUUGAAGACUGCAUCGGCCUGAUGGAUAGGUACUUGGUGUGCUUGCUUCCCAUGUUCUUUCUCCAAGGCUCCAUGCGUGAGCACUGGUGCAUGUGUGUGCAUGCCACUGUGGAUGGACAGUGA